AUGCAUUUGGAUUCAGCUAGUAAGGGUCAUUUUAUGGGAAUGGAUGUAGAGAUGGGCUCGCUUUGGUGGAGAAUGUUGCUCUUAGUGAUGGAAACUAUCCAGAGGAGUAUGAUCGAAGUGAUAGAGGAGAUAGCUCAGUCAAUGAUGAGAAGCACAAGAAGGAGAUCAAAGACAUUGAAUGACAAGCUUGACAAGAUCUUGACUGGCCAACAAAAGCAAGUUCACUUUGUUUGUGAGGAUGAUGUGAACCAAGAGGGGGAGGACCAACAAACUGAGGAAGUGUGCUAUAUGAGUAAUCAGGGAGGUUACUACAAAGGGUUACAACACAAACAACAACACGAACCUCUCUUACCGCAGCACCAAUGUGGAGAAUCCACAAGACCAAGUCUACCCACCUCAACAAAACCAAAAUCAAGGGGGCCAACAAACUGUUUACUUCAAGCGUGGUUACCCACCAAAGGUUUUUGGAAUCAGAACCAAGGCUCAACUCAAGCUCAAGCAGGGAGCAACUCAAGUCAAGAUCUGAUAUGA